UAUUAUAUUUUUCGGUUUAUACAAAAAAAUGCAUAAACUGCUGAAAGUGAAACCCUAUUUAUAAAAGAUUCAUUUUGAUUAUUUUUUGCAAAAAUUGUAUGGUCUCGAAUUUUCCUUUAUCGCAACACUUUCUUAUGGCAAAUGGAAAUACCUGAGAAACCAGAGCCUUCAGACUGCUGCAAUUCAGGAUGCAAUCCAUGCAUUCUUGACAUUUAUGAAAGGAAAUUGAAUGAAUAUAACGCGCGUAAAACUAAAAUAAAUGCAAAUCCGAUACUGAACAAUAAUAUUUUGAAAUUAACAGCAUAUACAACAUUUAAAUUAAUAUCAGCGGAGCCUAUAACAUCUUGUGUAAAUUUGUAUACUUUUGAGCAUCCUGAUCCGAAUGCUAAUGAUGUGAUAAAAUUUAUUCCAGGACAGUACUUUAUCUUGAAAGGAAAUUUACCUUAUACACCACUAAUUUGCACUUAUAACAAUUUAAAACUUAUACGAAAUGCUCAAGCAGCUAAUGAAUUAUUUUUUCAAAUUGCAGUCAAAAUGCUGCCUGAUGGAGAGAUGAGCCAAUAUCUCAAAUCUUUGAAGUUAGGAGACAUUACAUUAUGGCGUGGUCCAUAUGGGGAUUUUUUACAAAAACUAAAACUACAAUAUAAAUUUUCUACUUUAGUUUGCUUUACCCAAGGUAUAGGUAUUGCUCCAAUAUUUUGCAUUAUAGAUAGCAUAUUAGCAGAUGAAAUAGAUGAAACAAUCAUAUCUCUAAAUUGCUGUUUUAGAGAUAUUGAAUCAAUAAUAUUUAGAAAGGAAAUUCAAGAUUUCAAUCAAUUUUGGAAUUUUAAGAGCAGCAUAUUUUUAGCUUCGCAAGAGAAAUGUGAUUGUAUUGAUAUAUGCAAAUGUACUUAUUAUAGUGAGACAAUAUAUAAACGCAGAAUGCAAACUCAUGACAUUGAAAAUAUUCUAAAAGACAAAAACUUAUCUGAGUGUUAUUUUUUAAUUUGUGGAAAUCAAACAUACUGUGAAAUUAUAGAAAGUACUUUAUUAAAUUCACAAAUAAUUAAACAUAAAAUACAUGUAUUUUAAUCAUUUCUCAACUAGUGGACAAGAGAUAAUCUGAAAUAAACAAAAAAAUUAUAAUAUGAAAAUCAGCUUUGAUUAUUUUAAAUGUAAUUUAUAAUAUUAUAUUCCAUUUUAACCUUUUCACAAUUCGGGCAAACUCCUUGUAU